AUGAAAAAAAGUUAUGUCACCGAAGAACAUAUCACAGUAGAAAAUGUAAGUGUUUCAAAGAAGGUUCGAAUACCAAGAAUAGGAACGGGUAUAUACCUCGAUCUGAGGGAUAGACUGCCAAUAUAUUGGGCAGAUUGGAAAGAUUCCUUGGAUUAUCGCGUUAUUCCUUCUUUGAUAGCCACGUAUUUUGAAAAUUUGCUACCAGCAAUAGCAUUUGCUCAAGAUAUGUUCGAUAGGACAGAUAAUUCUUAUGGGGUUAAUGAAAUUUUAUUAUCUAGUGCUAUGGCAGGUAUCAUCUUCGGUAUCUUGUCAGGUCAACCCUUAUGUAUCGUUGGUGUAACAGGGCCUAUCACCAUCUUUAAUUAUACGGUCUACGAAAUUAUUAAACCUCUCAAAAUCAAUUACUUCGGGUUUAUGUUUUGGAUUUCUAUUUGGGCAAUGGUUUUACAUCUUAUCAUAGCAAUUAUGAAUGUUGUGGCUUUUUUACAAUACGUCACCACAUUUCCUUGUGACAUAUUUGGUUUAUUCAUCAAUAUCAUAUAUAUACAAAAAGGUAUCCAGAUUCUAACCAAUCAAUUUAAUGAUGAUACAAGUAGCAAUCCAUUAGCGUCAGGUUUUGCCAAUGUCACUGUAGCAUUGUUAAUGUUCAUUUUCGGUUUUACUUUCAAACAAGCACGGAAGUUCCCUAUCUUAACUGAACGUAUAAGGUGUUUUAUAUCUGAUUACUCAACAGCGCUAUCUGUGCUCUUUUGGUCCGCUUUUAUUCAUUUUGGUGGUGAUAUAAGUAAUGUACAUUUUUCAAAGUUACCAAUUACUAAAUCUUUCAUUCCUACCGCAAAUAAUGGUUCUAGAGAUCGUUCCACAUGGCUAGCCUAUGAGUCAAUAAUGGUAGGUAAUGUCUUCCUAGCUUUACCUUUCGGAAUAAUAUUAACAAUUUUAUUCUAUUUCGACCACAAUGUUUCAUCAUUAAUGGCCCAAAAUGCUAAAUAUAAAUUGACAAAGCCUUCCGCAUUUCAUUGGGAUUUCUUCUUAUUGGGUAUUACAACUGGUAUUAGUGGAGUUUUAGGACUACCUGCACCGAAUGGGUUGAUACCACAAGCGCCACUCCAUACGGAAUCUUUGCUGGUAUAUGGCUCUAGUGGAAAUGUUAUUAAGUGUGUGGAGCAAAGAUUCACGAAUACUGUACAAGGUAUCUUAAUGCUAGCUACAAUGGCAAGACCGUUUCUAAUUUGUCUUGGUCAAAUCCCUCAAGCCGUAUUGUCUGGUUUAUUUUUCAUUAUGGGAUUUGAAGGAUUGAUGGGGAAUGCAAUAAUAUCCAGGAUAGUUUGGAUAUUUACAGACUCUAAUACAAAGGCUGAUUCAAAAUUAAGCUAUUUGUCCUACAAAAAGAUUGCGCUAUUUGUUUCAUUUAGUAUGAUUGGCUUUACUGCUGAAUUUGCAAUCACAAACACAAAGGGGGCAAUUGGAUUUCCAAUUGUUCUACUACUAACCGUCAUCUUCACUUUUGUUUUUCCCAUGAUAUUCACAGAAGAGGAAUUAGAUGCAUUAAACCCAAGUGUUGCCCAAAAAUUUACUAUAAAAAAUUUACUUCUAGAAACACUAAGUAACAACAAAGAAAUUGAUAAUGACGAAGACAUCCUUGCUGCUACCGAUACUGCGCAUGAUAAUAUUGUUAGGACAACCGCCUAUGAGCAAUAG